CAUAAUGCAACAACAACCCAAGGAUAAAUACAGUAUAGGCUACAUGAACAGCUUUCUAAGGAAUAAAGUUAGCAACGGGCAUUUAAACACGGGUAACUUGAAGAAAAGCUCGCAUGGGAUGAUUAAAUUCUAAUCCUUGUAUUUGGAUGAACAGAAGUCAAAGACUCACUUCUCAGCGGACCACCAAGUUCUCCAAGAAUAAGAACAUAAAGAUGACCAACGUUAAAAUGGGUCCCAUGUUCAGCGGGACGAAGGGUCAAGCAAUGCAAAAGGAGUUCUUGUGCGUCGAGCGUCCCCCGCCUGAAGGCGCUGGCUCUUCGGCAAAUGACUCCCAUGCAGCACCUUGGACAGGGCUCGCUCUUUCUAGCGCCGGCUCACUCUCUGCACCCCUCACUAACUCUCUCCUACGGUCAAAAUGGUCCAAGGAAUCAUUAAAUGGUUACCCUGAAUGCAACUCAGUCAAGUCUUUUGGGACGAAAAAAGAGAUGUUAUUCGACACGGGACAUUUAUGCAAAAAGUGCAUCUCUCAUUUCAAUGUCUUGAAAAGGGAAGCGCUGAAACAAGUGAUUGACGGAAACGCUUCUACCAAAGAUCCCAAAUUCUCCACUCGCCUUUAUGAGAGCAUGAAAACACCUACUGUAGAAGCCUGGGGCAACGUGGAGGGACACUGUGGCGUCUGCUUCACUCACUUUAGCCAGCUAAAGCAGGAGGCCAUCCGCACGAUCCUCACCCAGGACCGGGCCAUAUGGGCUGCUCCUACCACUGCCAAUAUCUCAUCCAUAAGCCUAGACACAGGCUCACAAACCCUCCCAAGAACCUCAUGCCACCGUUCUAAUGUCCCAAAGUCCCAUCAGAGUUCCAGCAACGCAGCACCGAAUUGCUGGGUUAAAGGACGUCAACAGUUGGAGGCCCUGUGGCCCCUGUCCCCAUGCAAUGGAGUCAAUUCAGUCUCUCAUAAGUCCUUACAGAGUCCUUUGCAUUCAGAAAAGGCGGAUGAGAAGGACAGCGUGUCCUCUAAAGCACUAUGCAACUACAACGCCUCACAGCCAUCCAGAGCUUCUAGUAUGUCCUCCCUGAUACCUGCAGGAACCUCUGCUGCCUUGUCAUUUGUUACCAGGGCAGUACAAAAGCUGAAUGGAAUGGUUAGGAGAGGGAGGCACUGCUCAGAGAGUGGUGCUUCCCAACACCCAACAAACUUCAGUAGUCUUCUGCAGAAGUCUCCCCCUCCGGUACCAGUGAGCCUUUUGCAGUUAACUAAUAAAAGCAAGGAAACACCUGGGAUGGGGAAGAUCAAAGUAAUGCUGCGAGUCUGUUCGGUUCCUGUGUCAAAGCCCUCCCAGUCACACACUUUUAAAGUGGACCUGCGCAAGAAACAGAUCACAGUGCUGGAUCCAGCCUCCCACAACCCUCAGAGACAGGCUGCUGGCACUGCAGUCUCCCCAAAAACCUUUACCUUUGAUGCUCUCUUUGGCCCUGAUUCAACCCAGGCUGAAGUUUGUGAGAGCAGCUUGUCUGAGUUGCUUCAGUGUGUGGUUGCUGGGACCGAUGGUUGCAUCCUAAGCUUUGGACAAACCAAAGUGGGAAUGUUGUAUACAAUGAUUGGCCAUGAUGGGUGCACCGAAAGCCUUGGAGUCCUCCCUUGUGCCAUCUCUUGGCUUUUCAAGCUCAUUAACAGGAAGAAAGACAAGACAUGGGCAAACAUCUCUGUUUCCGUGUCAGCUGUAGAGGUCUGUGGGGAAAACAAUGCCAUCAGGGAUUUACUCUCUGGUGUUGAAACAGGCAACUGCAAGGACACCUAUAAGACAGAUGCUUACCUCGAAGAAGACCUCAUCUAUGAACAACAGCUUUGCAACCACAGUGUACUAAAUGCUCCAACUCCAGAAAGAGCAGCUUUUCUACUAGAUGCAGCUCUUGCAUCUCGCAGCAGUGGAAUGGUGGACAGUGGAGGGACACCACUGCACAGCUGUCACAUGUUCUUCACCCUGCAUGUUCGCCAACAGCACAUAGGGAGUAGCACUAAAUCUGGGAUGAAAGUGGACCAAAGCAAGCUGAGCCUGAUCUAUUUAGGGAGCUGUGUAGGGGAGAGGGAUGAAAGCAAUUGUGGAAUCUGCCUUGCUGACCUUGGAAAUACUAUCAUAGCCAAGCUCAACAGACAUAAACAUAUCCCUAAUAGUGGAAGUUACUUAGACAUGCUCCUGCAAGACUCUCUGAACAAUAUCAACUGCUCCACCACAAUUAUUGCCCAUAUAUCCACCUCACCCCAAGACCUCACAGAAAGCCUCUGUACAAUGCAGACAGUGUCUCGAAUCCGAAAGCUACAAAAGAAGAUCAGGAAAUCUUCCUCAAGCUCACCGGGAGGAAGAAGCUCAGGCAAUGAGAGGAAAGUCAAUAAAUCCACCAGGCUGAGAACAUUCCAGUCCACUGGAACACUGGAUCAGGAUACUUCCUCUCCUGGUUUCUUUGGUGAUCCAGAAUUUCACCCUGGCAGUAACAAGUCUUGUGAGUCAGUCAUCUCUAUGGAUCCUUUUGGCCUCCUCAAUAAAGAGGAUACAAAUAGAAGCCGAGAGGUUUUGCCUAUUAUUCCGUCCUUACUCAAGAGCAAGUUAGAGUCAAAGAAGCUUUCUCUGAUGAAGCUUUGUGAAAUCUCUCCACCACUUGCCUGUCGCAUGAAACAAACACCAAAAGAAAAGACUAAGGAAGAGUCAAAGCCAACAAUAUUGCAAGAUAAUUUGGAGUCAGAUUUUGAGUGUUUGAAGUGCAACACAUUUGCAGAACUCCAGAAUCGAUUGGGAAACAUAGAUGGAACAGAGUUAUUUGGCAUGGAUAAUGUGAUUAAAGCACCUCAAUCAACUCAAACUGAGAAGAAAUCAAUUUCAUCAGAAGAUCAAGGAUCAAGUGAAUGGGCAUCAAACAGUAUCAGACAGGGAAGCCCUACAAAAAGGGAUGAUAUCAUUCACAACUCUAAUGAAAUGCCACAUGCUGCUGCCAAAUGCGAUUCAGAUAUUGUUCAGACAUGCUCACCAGAGUUAGAUUUUGUGAGGCAGAGUGACCCAGCGCUAUCUGGCCAGUCGCCCAGUAGAUCUAAGCAUCAUGCUGAAAAAAUGGACGUGACAUCGGAAGACCAAAAUAUGUCAUUAGAUGUUACCACAAUUAAACCUGAGACACGAAUUCCUCCCAUUGGCAAGAGUUCAUUUAGAUCUACAUCCUCCUCUUCUUUUUCUUCAUCCUUGUCUGCCAGUUCGGGCACCCCACUGGCUGUUUCUGCAAAUGUGAAUGAAGACAUUCUAAAUUUUACAAUGAAGAACCAACAAGAGAUGAAGGCCACCAUCACUGUGACAGUUCAGCAGCCACUGGAUCUUAAUGGAUAUGAUGAGCUAGUGUAUACUGUGGUUGAAGAAGUAACAAUAAAUGGGGCCACUGAAAAUGACAAGGCAAAAAUAUCAAGUGCUCAUGAUUCACACUCUCUCCAGACUUUAACACAUGGGUGUCAACCUGUCAGGAUUAUCGGGAGUGUAGGUGAAGAACAAACUGUGAGUUUUCAUAGAUCCACCUCUAAUGUGCAAACUUCAGAGACUGAAAUCUCAGUGGCCUUAUCUGAUGCAACUGUCAAUGAGAAUGCACCUGUCCAACAAAAAACAGUCAAUACACGUAUUGACAAGGUAAGCGGCAUCAUUGAUUCAAAAGACCCGCCGCAGUGUGCAACUUGGUCAGAGGUUCCCCUGACUGAAGAUGGACCCAAGGUAACAACUGACCCCAGUUGUAACCAUUCAAUGUACAUUGAGGUCUCAAAGUCCAGACAGAAUGCUUGUGAAAUUCUAACCGAGCAGAGCUGGUUGUGCUUAAGCAAAAAGAAAGACUUCAAGGAUGCCUCAUGUCCACACAUGAACACAGAACAUAAGAAUUCACAAAGUCCAAGAGAAACUGAGAGGAAGCAAUAUAUCUUGAAACAGGAAAUUGUGGAAGGGACCAAAGAUAAUGCUCCACUCCCAUCAACACAUACAAAUAUCCCCAAUACAAAAAAGAAGAAUGUAGAGAAGAAAGAAGGGCCAGGAAUAGUCAGAAGUGCACUGCUAAAUCAGUGGCAGCUUCUGACAAAUGAGAAUAAAACUGACAAAAAAUCUCCUCUUGAGGACAGCAGGAAGCUAUUUAAUGCAAAACUGAAAGCAUUAUCUAGCAGAAGUCAAACUUUUGAUCUGAGCAAUAGUGAGACCUUUUUAAGAUCAACUGGAAGCUUGGAGGGUAUUUGUACCUCGACAAGACUUAAGACCAAACUCCUUGAAGACAGUUGUGGCAUUGAUGUGGGCUCUAAAGGCCUUUUAGAGCGAGAUUAUAUGCCAGCUCAGUCAAAGAGUAUGAACUUGCCUGGUUUUAAAGAAGGCUUUGAGGAGGACUUUGUAAAGUGUCAAGCCAGUGAGAGUCUUGGGAGAGUUCCAAGGUUCUUCCCCAUGCAUGAUGUUGAUGCAGAGGACACAAAUCAGCCAUCCAAAAUCAGUAAGUCUAAGUCAACAGCUGUUAAAAAAUGUACCCCAAGUUUAAAGAUCCACAAAAUGUCAGGUGCUUGUCCCAAGAAUACAAGCUUAUCCCCCAAAUCUACCAGACGCUCAAUCAACAGGAGCACAAGCCUUUCUUAUAAUGAAAUCUCCAACAACCAAAGUUCCUGGUCAACACAAUCCUUAUCUCGAAGUCAGGUGAAAGGUGGUCUUUGUCCCAAGUCCUCUGGUUUAGUGCUGAAAGGAAGAGUUGAACUUUUAAGAAGUAGUGGAGACUCUCUUUCCAGUUUUAGCCAAGGUGGGUCUGAUUUAGAUGAAAGUGAGGAACUGAUGAUGACGAAAACUUUUAAUCACACACUGCCAUCCCCAUACAACCAGAUUACUGCUCCACGUGAAUCAUACCACUGUAGUGGUCAUGCCAGCGAUACCACCAGUGUUCUUAGUGGAGAGCUGCCUCCUGCCAUGUGUAAAACAGCUUUACUCUAUAGCAGGGGCAGUAUGGUCAGUAGUGGUUAUGAAAGCAUGCUUAGAGACAGCGAAGCUACAAUCAGCAGCAGUUCAACACACAACUCCAUCAGUGAUCAGAGCUGCACCCUUGGUGCUGCUAAAGGCACAAGAAGUUCCAAGAAAAGAACCAACAUAGGAUCCAAUUUAAGAUGCUCAUCUAAAGACAACCUCCAGACACUGAAGAGAUCCUUUAGUGGGCCCAAAAUGCACAGGGUGGAUCGGGGUGUUUCUGACUCUUAUGAAAUUAAAGUCUAUGAGAUUGAUAACGUAGAUACUUUACAGAAAAGAGGUGUGGCAGGGAACAAGGGCAUAGUCCACUUUAGUGCAAAGUUGAAAUUCCUGGAGCAUCGACAGCAGAGAAUUGCAGAGGUGAGGGUCAAGUAUAAUGCUCUCAAGAGGGAGUUGGAACAUGCCAAGCAACAUCUGAUGGUGGACCCUGCAAAAUGGACCCAUGAAUUUGACUUAUGGCAAACAUUUGAGGUAGACUCCCUGGAGCACUUAGAGGCUUUGGAGCUGGUCACUGAACGGCUAGAGCACCAUGUUAACCUCUGUAAAGCACAUGUAUUAAUGGUAACCUGCUUUGAUGUUACAACCAAGUGCAGGCAAAAGUUGCGACAUCUGCCCUCUGUAGAUCAUAAAGGGUGCAUAGGAAUAUAGCAUGUGAAGACUGUAGAUGAUCACUUUGUACCUGUUAUGCAAUAUAAUAUGUGUACAAAACAAUGCCUCUGAUCCACCACAGAAGUCCUUAAAUAAUAUGGAAGCUUCCACUGGUGCUGAUGAAGCCAUAGGCAUACUUGAAAUCCAAUUUGCUGUAAAUUCCUGUGUUGUAGACAGCUUUAGCAUUGAGAGAGGUCAAAAGAACAAUUGGAUAGGAGUCUUAACUGAGCUCAACAUAUUGGAGCUGAAUUGGCCUUUUAACACUCGACAUUUUUAACCCUGUGUUAAAUUAACAUAAUCCUAGGUUAUUAGGGCUUUUCACACUGCACUUAAUCCAGGGUUAAUGUCUUUUAAAACCCCGCUUUUAACCUGGGGUUAAGCAAUGUUUCACACUUGUAAUUUUGAAAGGGGGUUAGCAUCUGUGGCAUUUUUCAUAAGACGAAAGACAAAGGUGAUUUGCUUGGCGACAUUUACACAGGUCCACUGACAGGUUGUGGGUCCGUCGCAAGCUGUAUUCAUCUAAUCAUUGUUACUGACACAGAAAAUAUGCAAAUAAGAAACUUUACUUAGGGUUUACGAAUGUACAUUGUGAAACAUCGGAACGUGAAUACCCAAAAUUAAUUAUUAACCCAGGGUAUGAACAGUAAGAAACAUGAAAACCCAGGAUUUCGUUUACCAGGGGUUUAGAAUGAAAAAGGGUGAAAGUGUGAAAAACCCUAUUGUGUGCUAUGUUUCACACUGUUCAUCUGUACUCUAACCUGGGUUUGGUCAGAACAAACUGAAAUUAAAAACAUUUUGUUUUUUAGUCCCCGUUCAAAAUUACAAGUGUGAAUGCAAUGUUGCUUCACCUAGGCUUAACACAAGGUUAAAAACAUUUUUUAUCAAGGGUUUAGCUUAGUGUGAAAAGCCUCACUGAGCCAAGUUGACCAACAAUUUUGAAGGCUUCAAUUACUAAGGUCUCAGACCCAGGCUAGCCCAAACAACUUUCACUGAGUGUUACUAUAACAGCCGCAUCCUGUAUAUAAUAAAUAUAAUUUUAACACGUUGUGUGCAUUGUGUCACCAUUGCUGUUGCUCAAAGAGCGAAUCAUUAUGAGGACACUUAGGCUUAGCCUAUACUGUAAAGGUCCUCUGCCCUUAUGUGUAUGCACUAAUAAAUAAGUUGUAAUGCA